AUAAUCAAACUUAACAAAUUUACCUCCCAAUUUCAAACCUAAUAUUAAUAAUAAUCAUAAUAAUAACAACAUUUUCUCACUUUUUAUUCAAAUUCAUUUUAUCAAUUAGUAUUUUAUUUUGUUAAUAUAUAAGUAUAAAUAAUAAAUAUAAAUAUAAACACAUAAAUGCAUGGUUUAGCAUUGAGGAACUUAGAUUAAAAAAACCAAAAUGGAGUCGAUCUGGAAUCAAAAUGUGUUUCCGACUCCUGCUCGCUUUACUUACGUUCUUUACUUCGCUUUUACUUCUUUUUUCGCCAGGUUUUUGCUCGAUAGAUAUAUAUUUCAAAAAGUGUCAAUAUGGUUGCUAAGGAAACGGGAUAGUCCCAUGAAGAUAAAUAAAGCUACAAAAGCAAAGAUUGCCAAGAUCACAGAAUCCAUGUGGAAGCUUACGUAUUAUGCGACUGUGGAAUUUUGUGUUCUGGCGAUUACUUAUCGUGAGCCCUGGUUUAGAGACAUAACAAAAUGUUUUAAAGGCUGGCCAAAUCAAGAGCUAAAGUUUUCUUUAGAGCUUGUGUAUAUGUGCCAAUGUGGGUUUUACAUCUAUAGCAUUGCUGCUCUGCUUCUGUGGGAAACUCGAAGAAAAGAUUUUGCUGUGAUGAUGUCUCAUCAUAUAAUCACUGUUUUCUUAAUUGGUCACUCCUACAUCACAAGGUUUUUCCGAAUUGGGUCCUUGGUACUUGCAGUACAUGAUGCAAGUGAUGUAUUUCUUGAAGGAGCAAAAAUUUUGAAAUACUCUGGCAAGGAACUUGGUGCAAGUGUGUUGUUUGGAAUGUUUGCUUUGUCAUGGCUUAUACUUAGACUUAUUAUCUUUCCAUUUUGGAUCAUAAGAGCCACGAGCAACCAUCUUCUGGAUGCUUUAAAUCCAUCAGAAAUAUAUGAUAUGACCUUAUACUACAUAUACAAUGCUAUGUUGUUGAAUCUACUCGUCUUCCAUAUCUACUGGUGGAUUCUGAUCUUCAACAUGAUUAUGAGACAACUCAAGAAUAGAGGACAGCUUGGAGAAGAUAUCCGAUCUGAUUCUGAAGAUGACGAUUAGUUUGGAAGAUUUUGAUGAAACAAGGCUAAAGUUUAGAAGGUUAUAGUUUUAUAGAGCAGUGCAGCUAUGAUGUAUGUACUUGAGGUCUUUGAAAAUAGGGGGUUUGAUCCAUAUAUCCUUCCAAAUCAAAGAUUAGUUUCUUCUAUUCUUUCAACUCUUUUGGUAAUAGAAAAAGGCUACAAACUAAAUUUUUACA